AUGACCAAGACGAAUAUGUCGACUAGGGGCCGCGCCGUGCGAGUAGCGGCAGCAGCCGGCGCAGCAGUGGGCCAGGAACGGGGCCGUUGUUCAGCGAGGGUCACCGAGACUCGGUCGAACGAAGCCGCUCCUGCUACCGCGGUGCGCUCAAGCCCCCGCCGCUCGAAGAAGUCGGCGGCGGCUGGUGGGCCGCAAGGAACCCCGCUGCCAACGGCCGUCUCGAGGAGAACAACGGCAAAGAGCAGCAGCAGCGGCGGCGGCGGCAAGCGCGCAGCGACUCCUGGUGCUACCGCUGCAACCACCAUCCCUGCGGUCGCGGUGAGAGCGUCGUUGCAGAAGGCACGCAACAACAAGAGCGGGAGUGGGACCGGCAGCGGUAGCGGCGGUGGCGACACCGACAACACCGCGGGCGGAGCCGCCGACGGGGACGCGGCGAUGAAGAUGCUGGCCACGCUGCUGUCGCCCGUCGCCGCUGCGCGGCAGGACACUCGGCCGCCGGACGCGCAACACGAUCAGGCGCCGGGGACACCGAUAUCAUCGCGAGGGGCCCAAGAGAGCAGCGCAAGUGGUCGGGAUAGUGGCGAAGGGCACGACCUCGACCCCUGCCCGCUGGAGGCGAUGUUCUUGGCGCUGGAGCAAGUGCUUGCGCUGUUCCGCCGCAGGAGGCAGGCGACGCUGCUCAAGCAGAUCAAGCCCGCGGUGGAGGGGAUGUGCGGCCGCUCCUUCACGAGGCAACACCUCGCGCGGAUUGCUUUCGUGCAGCCAGACGCGUACAAGCUUUCCAGCAGGACGGAUGCGCGACCCACCCGGGGUGGCUACCGGCUGAAAGACAUCUUCAUCGAGACCGGGCCAAGCCCGCCGCCGGCCGAUGAAGCCUGCCUCGAUGAUGACACGCAGGGCGCCAGAAGAGAUAGGGUAGGAAAGGCCCCUGCGGCUGGGAAAGGUGCGGUUGCCGGUGCGGAUCGCGAUGGACGUAACGGUGGAGACACCGGUGGCCAUAGCAUCGCGGGGGGCGAGGCCCUGUCUGCGCGAAGGAGGGAGAUCUUCCUCCGCCUGCUGGCUUCGGCAAAGGCAAGACACUGCAAGUGCGGAGGCAGCAGGGGCAUCGCCGGUGGCCCUAGCGCUCCGCGCGACGAGUGCUCCUGCCUGCCGCAGGCUCCUCUCCCGGACACGAGACCUCUCCGGGCAGACGGCAUCGGCGGCGGCUCUCGUGCUGCACCCGACGCCGGGGGCGCCGUAGAAUCACCGUCGACGAGCCAAGGGUUGGAGAGGUCGCCUGGUGACGGCCGUAGUGGUGGUGGUGGUGGUGGUAACCUGCUGCCGGGUACCUUCCGAGGGGGUUGCGUGGCUUCCGGGAUGGGCGGUGGCCGUGUUGACUAUGACGAGGAAGGGUCGGACGCUCCGAAGAACGUGGAAGCCUUGCGUGAGCGGCUUCGGCAAAAGGAUGCGCUGAGCGCCAAGGAGCGCAACAAAACCGAGGAAGAGAAGGAAGCCGACAGGAGACGUAAGGGAAACCUCCCCGCCAUGGCGGAUGCCGUGAGGUCCUACUUCGCCCACGCAGGCCGGACAACCUGCUCCCUCGACGUGCUGAUAGAGGCCCUCUCUAGCUCUAGCAAGCAUGCGCUGUCCCACAAGGAGGCGAGGGAUCGAGUUAGGAUGCUGGCGAGCAUUGUUCCGGAAUGGUGCACGAUUAUUGCACCGCGCGCGCCCUCGGCGGGCGGCGGCGGGGGGAUAGAUGGCGGGCUGGUGGCGCGGCCGAUGAAGGGCAAGGACGUCGUGAGGGUGAACACGCGAAUACGUUUCGAUGAGGUGCGGCAGAUGAUCGCGUUUAUGUCCGGCGGCGGUGCAAGCCAAUGA